AAGAAGACACUUUCUUGUGUUGGAUUGUCGGCUUUGACUCUUAUCUUCACUCAAUUGAUGAAGCAGUCAAAUUUUCAUCAAUAGCUAAAGAGAGAUGGAAUCUUUAAGCCAUUGUCAGAGUCAACUUUUCUGAAUCAACGUAGACUUUCACGACCUCUGUAUACUCACUCAAUCAAACUUUAACAACAUGAUGUCAUGAGUUGUAAUACGUAGUUUAGAUUCACAAACGCGGAGCAGACACAGCCCGACCAAAAGCAGCCGGAGCAUCUUGGAGAUCACGCCUUUGCAGGAAGAAGUAAAGCUCCGGUCCGAAAAUCUUCUCAACAUGACCAUCAUCCUUCUUAUAUAGAAUGAAUCAAGAGAAUGAGUUCCACAGGAACAAAAGCGGUCCUUCUCAGAGCUACCGAGAAAAAAUUGAUCCUUGACGAAGAACAAAAAGCGAUUUACACUGGAAUUGUUGAUCCACAAUGGAAUGUAUUCGCAAUUUCAAACGGAGGUUAUACAUUAGGCAUCUUGCUCAAUUGCGCUCAAAAUUUCGUCGUUAGACGAAUUGGCAAACAACAGAAAGAUUUGCUCUCUUGUAGCACUUCUUACUUUGCUGGAGUCUCAGCAAAGGUGCCUUUCACCGUCGAAGUAAGAUUGUUGAAGAAAGGAAAAUCAACCAGCAUCGUCGAGACAGAUAUGCUACAAAAGACUGCAGAAGAUGGAGGGAUGCUUUUAUGCGUUAGAGCAUCUGCGAUUUUUACCGACUUUGCAAGCUUACGAUCGGAUUCACUCCUUAAACAAGUCUCUAUCCUCCCUAAUGACUUCUCCGCUCCAGUCCCACCACUGAUUUCUGAUCCGACAGAUCGAUCGAGCGAACAUCCUUGGUGGGAAAAACAGAAGAUACCAACAGUUGUAGAAGACAAAGCAGCACAAGAUCAGGCAUUUCAAAAGGACGGUUUACUCGCUGUACAAAGCAUGUACUUUCCAGAAGAACAUGUUGAUGAAGUGGAUAUGGGCAGCUAUAACAUCACCGCCUUGGCACUAUAUAGUGACACCAGUGGAGACUUUAAUCGAAUGAUGCCCAAACGUCUGCACAAGCUAACAAACAAUUUUCGCGGAUUUUGGUUCGCCACUGUUAGACUAUCGAUCGAGAUGGCGCAACCUUUGCCGACUUUACCAUUACAAAAAGCGGUUACUAGAGGCAAGACCAGAUUUUUGAACGAAGGACGAUGGUGCUUUGAAAUUGAAAUUUGGACGCAUCCAACCGAUGCUGACAGACUCAAUUUGCCAAAAGGAACCGAUAGCAUCUUACUCGCAGUUUGUAAACAACAAGCAUUGAGCAUGUCAGCAUCAGUAAACAAAAAGACGGCAUCUAAGCUAUGACGCAAUCGUUGCUCGUAUCAUAGAGCUGAGCAUGUAGAGUUCUUUCCAGAUAUACCCUUUUCAUCCUUCACUUUUUGGCUUGCUAGGCAUGAGUGGACCAAUGGAGAUCAAAAGAGCGAGAAAUAUUCGAAGAAGAUUUGUGCGUUCUUUAAUCUUAUCAUAUGAGACUGGUGAUAUUGCGGUGGAGCGAUUUGACCUUUUCAGACAAUAUUCGGCUAAAUAUGUCCCCACGAGAAGUACGAUGAAGAUCGGGCGUAGCUCUGCCAAAGUAUAUAGAACAACUAGAUAUGACAUUUCAUCUAGAUAGGAGGAAACCUUAAGGUGAUGGAAGAU